UCCAAUGUAAUGACCGGAGCGACUCAUUUCCAAGAACUGGCUGCUCUGCGUAACUUGGAGGAGUUGGACUUGAGUAAUAAUCCGUUAGAAAGCUUCAUGGAGAUUCAAGGUCUUAGAAAUAUGAGCAAACUGAAAGUCCUAAAUCUAAACUCGUGUGAGCUCAACAUGAAUACUUUACAAUCACUCGGGAAUCUCCAUUCGCUGAAGAAGCUUUAUCUCAAUGAAAACUCCUUGGAAGGAUCCAUUACUGUUCAAGAGCUAAACAGUUUGAGAAACUUGGAGGUCUUGGAUGUCUCUUCCAGUCAUCUUAACAGCAGUUUUCUUCAGGUUUUGGAGCAAAUGAAAUCUCUCAAAGGCUUAUCCUUGCGAGAAAAUAGUCUCAAUGGCACCCUGCAUUCACUAGGCUUGUGCAAACUUAAGAAUCUUGAAGAGUUGGAUAUCAGUUAUAACAGUUUCACAGGCACAAUGCCUCCUUGCAUCGAAACCUUGACAUCCCUUCGAGUUUUGGAUAUCUCUAGGAACAGGUUUUCGGGGAACAUUAGUUCAUCUUUCAUCUCUAGCCUCGUUUCCCUUGAGUUUCUUUCCCUUUCUCACAAUGAAUUCCAAAGUUUGGCCUCAUUUUCCUCAUUUGCUAACCAUUCAAGGCUUGAGGUCGUUGAACUUAUCUGUAAUAACAAUGGAUCAGUGGUUGAAAUCGAUGAUCAUAUGUGGGUUCCACGCUUCCAGCUGAAGAUCCUCCGUCUUGCAAGCUGUUCAGUUGAUAAAGGAUCCUUGUUGAAAUUUCUUUCUUACCAAUAUGAUCUUAGAGUGAUUGAUCUCUCCAAUAACAACUUGGACGGAGAUUUUCCUACUUGGUUGAUGGAGAAUAAUACAAGGAUAGAAGGACUACAUUUUAAAAAUAAUUCUUUCAAAGGCCAAUUUCCUCUUCCAUCUUGUCCUAGCACGUUCAUCUCAGUAGUUGAUAUCUCCAAUAAUCAGCUUCAAGGAUAUAUCCCAUCAAACAUUAGUGUCUAUCUCCCAAACCUGAAAUUUCUGAAUCUGUCAAAGAAUUCCUUCAAAGGCGGCAUACCUUCUUCGUUUGGUGACAUGAAAACUCUGCUUGUUUUGGACCUGUCAGUCAAUGAAUUCUCAGGAGACAUACCUGAUAGCUUGGUCUUAGGUUGCUUCUCUUUACAUGCUCUCCUAUUGUCAAAAAACCAUCUUACAGGCCAAAUGUUUCCAAAGCUUUCUAAUCUGACCAGCUUAGAAAUUCUGCGUUUAAAUGGGAAUCUCUUUCGUGGAAAAAUCCCAGAUAGUUUGCUUAACAGCUCAGCUCUGAAGACACUAGAUGUUAGUCACAACUCCUUAUCAGGUAAGCUGCCAACUUGGAUGGGAAAUUUGAUUGAUUUGCAAACACUUUUGAUGGCCGGGAAUCACCUUGAAGGACCAAUUCCUGUUGAGUUCUGUUCACUUGAGGGCAUUGAAAUUCUAGAUCUUUCACAAAACGAUCUCUCAGGCUCCAUCCCAUCUUGCUUUAGCCCAAAAUCCCUUCUUCGAGUACACUUGUAUGACAAUAAGCUCACAGGAUCAAUAUCAAAAUCCUUCUCUGGAAGCUCAUCUUUAGUGAUUUUAGACAUCAGAAACAACUCCCUGACAGGAAGUAUUCCCAGUUGGAUUUCCAAUCUCAGUUUGAGCAUUCUUCUCCUGAAAGAAAACCAGUUGGAAGGAAGAAUCCCUGCUGCGUUGUGUCAGUGUUCCAUGAUGACCAUACUAGAUCUUUCUCACAAUAAUCUCUCAGGUCCUAUUCCAUCUUGCUUGAACAAGAUACCGUUCAAAAUAGAUUUUCGUUCCGGAAAAUUUCGCUUAUCUAUUUCCUUGCAUUUUGAUCAAGAGUUGCCAGCCUAUUCAUAUCAAACCAGCUAUGUAAAGUUAUCUCAAAGGCCUUCUUAUGCUAACCCUGUAGGUUAUGAAAUAGCCUCUGCUGAGUUCACAACCAAGAACAGGUCUGACUUCUACAGGAACAACUUUCUAUACAACAUGACUGGAAUUGAUCUUUCUUGGAACAAACUGACAGGCAGAAUACCACCUGAAAUGGGGCAUCUGAAGCUGAUUCUUGCACUGGAUAUUUCACAUAAUGAAUUGAGUGGUUCAAUCCCAACAAACUUUUCAGGUCUGAAGGACAUAGAAAGCUUGGACCUAUCUCACAACAAGUUGACUGGACCAAUUCCUGAGCAGCUCACAGAGCUGAACGCGCUGGGAUAUUUCUCUGUAGCUUACAACAAUUUAUCCGGCAAAAUACCUGACAAACCGCACUUUGAUACCUUCCUGGAAACCAGCUACGAGGGAAAUCCUUUUCUUUGUGGGCUAGUGUUGAAGAAAGACUGUAACUCAGCCCUGAAAGAAUCACCGGGCGGCCAUGAUGAUCAUGGAGCUAACAGUUUCAUGGAGAUGGUGGCUUUCUGGUUAAGUUUCCUUGUGUCUUACGUAACAGUGGUGGUGACGCUCAUUGCUGCUCUCUACAUCAACAUGGACUGGAGAAAGAAGUGGUUUCAUCUGAUUGAUGCCUGCAUCACUACUUGUUUCUGUAAGUCCACCAAUCGGAAUGGCUAGAAAUCUCCAUCCUUGUUAUAGAAAGAAAAUGCCCACCACAUUACCAGCAAAACCCAGAGCUAAAAAUGUGUAAAAUCCUGGCUAUAUAUUGAUGAUAUUACCAUCCAUUUCCAAUCCCAAAAUUACAGUAAAAUCUAGUUCCUUUGUUGAUUGAAGUAUAAUCUGAUACUAAAUUCAUUUA